CUCAUGGACGGAGGGACCCUGCACAUCAGCUGGUGCCUCAUGGCCCACCCAGGACCACGGCCUCGGAUGCUCGGGGCAUGACCCGCUCCCCUCUUCUGGCCUUGUUUGUUGAAACCUGCAGGAUCCUAUGCGCUAAUUCCCAAGGAAUGAAACAGCCGGAGGGACCCUAAAAUGCCGGACUCUCAUUCCAGCGGAUUAAUGGCUCUCCCAAUCCGAUUGGACAAGUUUCAGAAGCUGCUUCCCUCCCACUUGACUCCCCUCCUGGUCUUUGGUUCCUCCUGCCUCCCAGGCAGGAGUGCUGGGUUGGAAUAAGGGAAACUGCUGAAUGCAGACUUGCGGGCCACGUAGAACACAAGCAAGCAAAGAGUGGGAAAGCACGAAUGCAGUCUUCCACUACCACAAACUAUGCAGUCGAGUCUCCCACAUUUGGGGAAAUCGCAGAGGUCAUCACAUCCGGAGUGCAAUGGAUGAGCCUCACCCUGGGAAAACCACCUUCAUGAUCAUGGUAUCUCCCCUGCCAGUUAAGGACAUAAAUGACACUGAAGCCAACCUUCAGGCCCGGGCCCGGUGGCGGCGGGAACAACAGGCGUCGAGUCCCCCGGAGGAGGUCUCCGAGCUGAGGGCGGACGGCACGGGGACGGGGACGGGGCCCCACUGCUUCCAGGCGGACGCCACCCAGAGCCCGAGGCCCCCAAGCCCGUUUCCAAAGGCGGAGCACAACGAACCGGUAAAGCCUCCAUCCCCGGGCCCAGGCCCGCCCACUCCGCCCACUCCGCCCACUCCGCCCACUCCCUCGGAAGCGCCCGGGGGCGGACCGGAAGCGUCCCGGCAUCUCCUCUGA